GCCUUAAUUCUUCCCCCAAUCACCUCCUCCUUCUGAUGAUCUUCACCAUCCCAUCCGUGGCCCAUCGGUUCCAAUCAUCCCUAGCGAUUUUGAGGUCAAUCCAAGGCAAAACUCCAAAAUGGAGCAGUUUUCAUGGUCCCCCGAUCAUGGAAAAGAGCUACCCUUCCUUCGAAAGCAUUUGACUUCUGUCACCUGAGUACUCUUCUCCUCCUCCUCCUCCUCCUCCUCCUCCUGUUGUCAGUUCUUUGUUUCCCCCUUUUUUUUUCAGCUCGGUAAAUGAUGGCCAAGGGCAUGAAUUUGAUCACUACUGUAAUUGGGUUCGGGAUGAGUGCAACGUUCAUCGUGUUCGUGUGCACGAGACUGAUUUGCGGGAGGAUGCGGAGGGAUGGAGCGAGGCCCAUGUUCGAGCUCGAUUCAAGAAUCGAUGUCGAGCAGCCGGAGCGUCGAGUGAGGGCACUCGAGCCUGUUCUGGUAGAUGCGAUCCCGACGAUGAAUUUCGACCAGAAGGCUUUUAGCUCGGCCGAAGAUGCACAAUGCUCAAUCUGUCUCGGGGAGUACCGAGAGAAAGAAGUGUUGCGGAUCAUGCCCAUAUGCGGCCACACUUUUCAUCUCUCCUGCAUCGAUGCAUGGCUGAGGAAGCAAUCCACGUGCCCCGUUUGCCGCUUGCACUUGCAAGACUCGGUCUUGUGGAAGUCUGCAGGAACCAUCGAAUUGGAAACGACGAGUUCUCUCGAGGAAUCCGAGAUAUCGACGGACAAUUCGCGUCGCUGGUUGAUUCAGGGCGCUGGUCACUCGGAGCAGAGCAGAAGCGAUAACCAAGAGAAUCCCGAGCCUGCUGCCGACCAUUCCCCGGGACCAACCAGACUCUUUCUAGGGAACACGGGGACGAGUAGAUGAUCAGAUGGCGAAACCAUCUUCCUCAGGCUCUUACAGGGACUUGCAUUCGAUCCACAACGGCACGAGCUAGCCGAUCAAUGGGUCGCAGCGGCUGUCAUUGGCAAGUUCUGUCUAUAGUGUCCGCAUGUGCGAUUACAUUCUGUAUUCACAGGAGAAGAGCAUAAAGGAAAUUGCUUGGUAACAGAGGAUAGGACGUGUCGAAUAGGAAUUUUGUGUGGGAAACACGAGCAGAGUCGUCCUGGUUGAUGCAGUGUGAUAGUGACUCAAUACCUAACAUAAUCCUUCUUCCCAUCUCAAUUUGGAGACCAUGUAUUUAGUGACUUGUUUUAGUCUAUUUUUCAUUUGCCUUUUCAUGUACUCAACAGUAUGGUUUUCCAGUAUAUGAUGAUGAAGUUUUUUU